GGGGCACCAUUCAGGGUGCGCACGGCCAACUCUUUUGUCCAGGCUUUUCUGACAAAGCGAAAGCUCACUCCUCGACAGGCUCGUUGGUGGGGCGACCUAUUCGAGUUUAGUUUCACCACUGAGCACAUAAAGGGUGAAACUAAUCGGGUCGCAGAUGCCUUAUCCCGACGCCCUGACCAUAAUCUGGAGCAGAUCCAGCUUGCUGCCAUCUCGGUCACCACCGUCCACCGAACAAGACUCUCAGAAAUGUUCCCCGAAAGACAAACAGCAGUGGGAUCUCCGUCUCGCCCACGCGGAGAUAGCCUACAACCACGUCAUCUUGCCACCCAUGGGGAUGUCACGUUACUAUUGCGACAUCGGCUAUCACCCUCGUGUUCCCGCGGACUUCCUUCGACCGUCACAGAUGCACCCCGACAUGAGUUGUCCCGCACUGGAUGAUUGGGUUGCACACAUGAUGUCGAUCAUGAAGACCGCGCAAGAGCACAUAGCUGUGAAGCCUGUGAGGGAUAAUGUGCUGGAGGCUGUGCAGUUAUGGAAAGAAGUGCCUUCUCCACCAGUUCAAGAGGGGUCAACCGCGGUGUUGGAUCCUGAUAACAGGCGAGGCUCGGGUGCAAGCGACAUGUCAAACUCAAAUGCAAGUACGUCACACGGUGACAUCAGGACACCGACAAGGGAAGUCUCCAUAUCUGGUAGACGAAGGUCUACUGGGUCACCACUGCCAUCGCCCGGUGCAUCUCCUGUCCCGAAGAGUCCGCGUACUGGGUCCAAAUUUGGGUCCAGCUCGAAGCAGCCCUGGUCGAGUGACAGAAAGAAGGCCCCUCAAAGGCAAGAGAACCCAGACUUUUUCAAGAACCGCCGCUCGUCGGAAUGGCAUGUUGAGGUUGCUGUUCCUACGUUGAAGAGGCCACCGCCGCCUCAGGGACGGGAGAACACCCGAACGGAGGAUGGGGGUGACGCGGUGCGAAUCAGUAAUGAAAUGUUCCACGAGAAACGAGAGAGUGGGACGGCUUGGGCGGAGACCAGCGAGCGGCCGAAGCGAGAGGGAAGGGUGUUAGAGGAAACCCUUCAGAAGGUCGGUGAAGUGCGGGAGACGUGCAAGGCAGAGGUGAAGGAAGCGGAGGCGAGAGGUGUAGGGAGUGGUGGCAGGUGCGAGGGUAGAGAAGCGGAGGUUAGGGUAUCGUAUGAAGAUGGAAGGGACAGAGAGCCAGAGGCAGAGGAAGGAGAGGCGAUGAGGGUACUUGGUGUUACGCGGGAGAGGGGACGAUGGAGGCUUGGAGAGCAAUCGAGGGGACCGGUCGAGGAGGUGGAACGGCACUUGAGUAGCGGAAGGGAGAGCCCGACCCCGAAGGAUGUUGGCAUAGUUCAUAAUGAGACUGUAUCGGAAAGUCGGAUGGAAGAUCUGACGAGGAGGGGAGACACACCUUUGUCCGUCGUAAGGGAGUUCAGGACGCUCAGCCUUAGCGAUUUGCCGGGUCCAAGCGGUCAAGAGGCCCAACUUGGGGAAACGGUUGUGGGAUCGGUCCCCCUGAGCAUGGGGGGAGGAUGGCCACCGUCGCGGUCGAGCAGACGGCGAAGCCUGUCGUGGGGCUCCCAUCUCCCUGUUCCGCAAGAUGUGUUGGGAGGAGACUUGGAAGGCGCCAUGGAGGAGUUGCGAGGUGCCGAGUUGAGGGCAAUAAGACGGCAGUUGAUCCGACUGGAGGACUAUCAGCAGAGGAUGAUGGAGAUGCUACAGGACUUCAUUCGGAAUUCGCAAGAUACGCUGAAUGGCGUCGAAGGUCGAAUGCGAGCUCUGGAGCGGGGUGCGGAUGGCAUUGGGAGAAUGGUAUCAACAACGCCUACUCGACUCAGAGCCUCAAAUGGCGGAGGACCUCUAGGAAUGAUGGGCUAUGGUGACGAGGUGGUCAGACGCAGCAGUGGCGGCCAAUAUUGGGCGGGCUCCGAUGGGAGUGCGAGCGAGUCGAUUGAGGGCGCCAAGUGGAGAUCGGCGGUCAUGGGCGACGCAGCUCCAGCCCAUUUAAGAGAGGAGGCAAGCCCAGGACGCGGAAGCAGAGAUGCUGGAGUGGAACUGGACGAUCGACAACCGCCGAGAGAUCAUCCAAGUCUGGUGAAUGGACACAUGUCGGCAUCCCUUUCCGGAACAUCGUCCUUGCUCCCCACAAGAGAUAGGAACAUGGUGGGAUCCGCUGCCUCGAACGGUGGUCUGGUGGGUGGAACAGGUGGUGGGCCCGCUUACCUCGACAUUGGGAACUAUGAAAAUGGGCAUUCUCAUCGGCAGAGGGCCUGGGGGAGUGUUAAUCGGGCUGGGAGUUUGGGUGCAAAUGCUGUGGGAAACGCCGAUGGCAUCAGCUCAAGUGGAAUAGGACGCCUUCGAAGCUCACAAGUCGAUGUCCUUGAUGCUGAGAAGGUUGACGAGCUGUACGCUUGCUCUGUGAGGCUGUCAGAUGAGAUGGAGCUUGUGAGGUUGAUGGAGAGGACUGGGCCCGUGCUCACAAAGCUGAUGCCCGACACGGCCGAGGAGGUUGUGAGACAGCUUGUGAAGCUGCUGCCCAAUAACACAUGCCUCGACACAGUCGUUCUGUGGUUGGGCCAGCUGCUCGAAUUGAACCCGGACGUCUUACCCAAGCGCGUCCAGAUAGAGGUUCUCUCUGUGCUGCGCGAGCUCGCGUCCGACCCUUCCGUUGUCGUUGGUGGCGACAUGAUUGCCAGGUUGGUGGCCCAGCUGUCAAUUCAUUGGGCUCCGAACAUGCUUUGAAUGUGGACAUUUUCCCUCUUCCCAAAGUUUUGCUGAGUUAACCGUGCGGUCCUAAAUCGAGUGUUCCAGUCUGUGUUUGGCUCAGACAUGGAUCGUCGUCUUUCCCUUCCUCUCUCCUCGCACGGUCUUUUACAGGAACCGCGGUCGUAUAUAAAUAAGCCAGUAGCCUAACGCCGUGUGGGAGGUGCUGUCAAAGAAGAAGAGUGUUGUUGGAUGUCACAGUGACACCUUGGUGGUUAGUAUGCGGACACUCUGAAUACUGAUGUAUGAGGUGGUGGCAUGAUCGUAACACAACUUACCAUGCAGGUGGGGCAGUUCUAACAAGAAGAAGUGAUACAGUCUGUAUGGGAGCAGGGGGUGCUCACUAGUAGAAACAGGUGUUUCCACUGCAAUAGGAUGUGCAUGGGACCCCAUUUCGGAUGAAGUCCGGCGGGGGGCAGCAGUAAAGAAGAAGCAGAGGGGGAGCUUUUGUCAGUAUGUUAGAUGUGGAGCUGUGCAGUCUCUUAGAGGCACAAGUGCCAGCAUAGUAUAGUAGGGGUGUUAACUUCAUGUGUAAGUCUUCUGAGGCCUUUGCAUUCUGUUCUGGUGUGUCCCCCUGGAUGCGGGGGUGGGGUUGGUUCAUUAAUGAGAGGAGGUGGUGGUAUAAUCUGCACAGUUUCUGGAAGCAGCUCAGCUCGUCCAGAUGCGGCGUACCGGUUCGCCAUGUAUUGGGUUUGGUUAGCGCAUUUGCGCGUGCAUAUUGUGCAGGUUUUUGGUACCAGGGCAUGCCGGAUUCAGUUUUUAUUUCCCGACUUGAGGGAAGGCCGGAGAGCGAGCCACACACACACACAGAGAGAGAGAGAGAGAGAGAGAGAGAGAGAGAGAGAGAGAGAGAGAGAGAGAGAGAGAGAGAGAGAGAAGCUGGUUCGCCUACGCGACUGGGAACCUCAAUGCUUAAUGGAGGUGAAAGGUUGCCUUGUUUGUGCGUGGAUGCUUGUGUGAGAAGAAAGGAGCAUCUGUGAGUUUGGUGGUUGUGCUGCUAAGAAAGACGAGGGGAUGCCAAAGAAAGAGCGGCACUGUGGCAGUGAAGAGUACUGCAUUAUGUGGAGUAGCUAUGGAGAAAAGCAGGAAUAGCAUAAAUAAUGGAGACAGAUGAUGGCGAUCCUUGGCUGCUGACAUGAUGGUACAGAAGCUUGGAUGAGCGUAUGAAUGGAGCUUGUGAAAAAGGAAACAACCAGACUUCAGCAUACUACGCAGGAUUUGAACCUGUAACCUGUCCCACAUUCCUGAUAGUUGGCCUGCCCUUCAGGAAUAAUACGAAGGACGUUCGUUUCCAAAUGCACAGCAACAACAUGUGAGGGAGGCGUGGUAUUUGAGCAUGCGCAUGUGUGCUCGAGAUGGUGCCGGCAGUUUUUGCCAUUUCAUUUUUCCAGAAUAAUUUGAUCACUAAAUAGUGAAUUCUGGUGUUUUAUGUCACGAGAAAAACACGUUUUACGGAGCUGCCAUUACCUCAACACUUCGUGUCCAGCUCUUGUGACCUGCCUUCGGCCUCGAGUGACUUCGUAGAGGCUCGAAGAGCUAUUGUUCCCCCAGCUCCUUCGUGGCACAUCGCGAUCGCUUGGAAAGGACGUCAGCGACGAGACAAAAUUUUGUUGUUGUCGUAGUGUUAGAGUACGCACAGCAUUUCGCUGUUGGGAGCUGGCCUGUGAAGGCUGCUUGCUGGGGGGGACCACCAUUCGUUUCGUUUCGGUGAAUCUUGCUCUUUCGGCGACUUAGGAUGUCUUGGGUUUUUCCGGUGCUCGGCGCUCGUCAUAUAUUUUGUGGUAAGCACUUUUAUUUUAUACCACAGCCGGAGGCUGUUCUGGGGAUCGCGUCAAAAGUUAAGGUAUGCUGCACUGCUGGUGGGGACCACCAUUCGUUCUGCGGAUCACGUCAACAGCUGU